AAUUACCAAGCCCGCUAUGUUUCGCAAAGAUUGUUUUAGAAAAAUGCAGGUUAUUCCGCUACCAUGGGGAAAACUUAUUGGAAACGAACGGCAUCGCCGCCUGACACAAGACUCAAAAAAGCGCGACCCAUCCUGGUUUUGUUUAUUCAGUUUAGAAAGUGACAGAGAAGUGCGAGGAAGUUGGAUAGUAGCUUUGCAGCGCGUAAAUCGUAAUCAACACGAUAUCGUAACUAAUUGUGUUUAUCGCGAAAUAAAAUGAAUUUGUCAUUUGCUGGAUGUGGAUUUUUGGGUAUUUACCACGUUGGUGUAGCGUGUUGUUUCCGCAAAUAUGCUCCACAGUUGUUACUAAACAAAAUAUCGGGGGCCUCUGCUGGAGCUAUUGCGGCUUGCUCUUUAAUAUUGGAUUUGCCAUUAGGUGAAACAACGAGCGAUGUGCUUAGGGUUGCGACCGAAGCCCGCAAAGGGUCACUAGGCCCAUUUAAUCCUUCCUUUAACAUCAAUAAACUUCUGCUGGAAGGUUUGGAAAAAUUCUUGCCCGAAGAUGCCCAUAUUCGAGUAAGCGGCAAAUUGCACAUAUCCCUCACUAGGGUAUGCGACGGCAAAAAUGUGAUGGUAUCCCAGUUCAACUCCAGGGAAGAACUCAUCCAGGCUUUGUUAGCGUCCGCUUUCAUUCCGAUAUUUUCUGGAAUCUUUCCGCCUAAAUUUAGAGGCGUUCGUUACAUGGACGGUGGCUAUAGCGACAAUUUACCGACAUUAGACGAAAACACCAUAACUAUCAGUCCGUUUUGCGGGGAGAGUGACAUAUGUCCCAGGGAUGACAGUUCACAACUUUUCCACAUCAACAUAGCAAACACAAGCAUAGAAAUAUCGAAACACAAUAUCUACCGAAUGGUGAGGAUUCUUUUCCCGCCGAAGCCUGAAGUUCUAGCGAACAUGUGCAAGCAAGGCUUCGACGACGCGUUAAGGUUUCUACAUAGAAACAAUCUCAUCAAUUGUACAAAAUGCCUGGCGGUCCAAUCCACUUUUGUCGUGUCGGAAACUUUGGAAGAUAAUUUAGUGUACGACCCUCAGUGUAAAGAUUGCAAAGUUCAUAGGCAGGAAGCUCUAGUUUCAAACGUACCUGACACUGUUCUCAAUGUAUUCCAAGAAGUUAUCGAAUCUGCAAAUAAAGGACUGCUAAACUGGACUUUCAAGCAUCGGGGAAUGAAGUUAUUAUCGGUCCUAAGUCUUCCGUACACUUUGCCUGCCGAUAUGAUGUACGCCACAUUCACAAAGUUAAUGGCAACAGCGCCGCAUAUAGGGAACACUCUUUGGGAUAUGAGCAAGAUCGCCUUGGAUCAAAUGUCUCACAUUUUGCAUAGAGUAAAUAGAAAGAGACAACAAAUGAGCGCGAAGAUCACUUGUCAGCUUGCUAUAACGGAAUAUGGAGGAAAUGCCUUGGACACUAAUUUAUACGGAAAUAUGACUGAGAAUAAAAUGAAUUUGAACUUUACUGUGAACUUGGAUAAUUGCGAUUUACCUCUCGAGCAAAGUCCGGGUCGCAAGUUCAAGACCAAACAAAUUUUGCAACGUAGACCCAGUUUUUCUGUCAAAAAAACGGAUACUAUGGACGACGACACAUUCGACCACAUUCUGAACGUUACGUCUCAACAUGAAGCAAUCAUGGCUUACUAUUAUUUAGACGAAAAUAAUAAGGUUAAAGUCACAGAAAUAUUUGACGUAACUGACAGUGAUUCGCCAGUAAUACAGACUCCCCAUGAGAGAGAUUUGAAUAAACACUUAGAGUUUGACGAUAAUUGGAUGAGUUCAACAAAUUUGGAACUGCUUCCACAGGAAGACGUAUCUGAGUAUUCAGUAGAUGAUAUCCUAGAUAAAGAGAAUAUAUUUUCGGAUCCAGAAAGUGAAUGGAAUGAUACUUUUAAAGUGGAAGAAGGGGACGAUGACAGCACCUAUUAUAGCGGAAACGACACUAGACCCGAAUCCGACCAAUCAAGUCGAAACAACAAAACCAAUCUGAAAAAUGCGAUUUCUCCGUUGACUUACGAAGAAAUUGAAUUCUAGGUUAGUUCAUCAAAUUAAAACACGAUUAGAUUUAUUUUUUUAAACGAUUUAUUUAUAUUAGCUUCUAAUUUAGGUGUAUUAAAAUCUAGAAACUGAUAUUAAAUUGGUUAUAAAUUCCGCUACAUCUGCAACUUUUUAAAGUUUCCUAUUGUUUCUUUAUGUGUAGCUCUCUACAACAUUACCUCUUCUGAACCAAUUUAAUAUCAUCAACAGUAAGUUGUUAUUAAAUGCAAAUUUAUUUAUUUAAAUGGUAUACUGUGAAUAUUGUGAUAUGCCCCCUAAAAGGGCCUAAUUUUAAGAAAGCUUCAUUUUUAACUUUGAGUUUAGGUAGUUGCAUAUAAGAAAAAGUUCAAUAACAUAUUAUUUACAACAUUAUUAUUGGCUGUUUUCAGAUAGAAAAAAAAAAGGUUUUGGAUUGUACUCCCUUUUUAAAAUUCUAAUUUGUAUUUUUGCUUCUAUAUUGUUAGUUUUCCAAUUACUUCAUUAAUCAUAUUAUUAACAUAAAGGAUAUCAAAGCAAUAAUGAAGCAUGGAAUAGCAUGGCCAUAUUUUCCUUUUAUAAAAUAAAGCCCAGAGUGGAAUAACAUUCAAAUCAUUCAUCGUUCUAUGGUUCUAAGCACUAGAAGCUGCCAAUGUCAUCCUUCCUAGCUUAGAAUAAGAGCUAAGGUUACAGGCUCAAUUAGUUUGGAAUAAAUGUGAUAUCACGUUUUUGAGGCUGUUAUUUGUUACUAUCAAAAUAAAUUAUUAAUGAUUAAAUAUCAGUGAUGUAAGAUAUAAUAAAUGUAUGUUUAAGUAUUAAGUUAGUGUUCCAUUUGGAACAAGAGAAAAUUUAAUGUUUUGUUUUUGAAAAAUACUUGGUUAAUUAAUAAAAAAAACUAUUAC